ACCGAUCCGUAGUCAGACCUGCUAUGUUAUAUGGGGCAGAGUGUUGGGCGGUUAAGAAGACUCAUGUGCGUCGUCUGCAUGCGGCGGAGAUGCGGAUGUUACGAUGGAUGUGUGGGAAGACAAGGUUGGAUAGGAUUUCGAACGAAGUUAUUCGACGUCAGGUAGACAUGGCGCCGGUGGAAGAUAAAUUGCGGGAAGCGAGGUUGAGAUGGUUUGGUCAUGUGAGACGGCGGGAUGCUGACGCCCCUGUAUGGAGAUGCGAGCGGAUUACGGUUUUCGGGGGAAGGGGUAGACCUAAGAAGAAUUGGAAGGAAGUGAUUAGACAGGAUUUAGGACUUCUCACCCUGACUGAGGAUAUGGCUUUAGAUAGGAACCUUUGGAGAACUAGGAUUAGAGUAGCUGGAAAAUGUCUGCAAUCUGCGGACCACUACUGUAGACAUGUGCAGGAGAAGUGGUGGACCGAAG